UUUUUCAGAGUUAUUCUGGUAGGCACAAGGAUAAAUGACUAGUAAUUCAAUCAGCUUGUUUAUUGAUAUGGUUCAAAUCAGCAAAACCAGUGUUUCUUUCAGACAGUAAAACAAGACUGAGCCUCAAGUCAAUUACUUACUCUAAGAAAAAAAUAGGUGCUUUUAUUUUUAAACAAACAAAAUUAACUUAAGCUGGAUAUUGGUGAACCUACCAGCACCCAAAAAUUUUUGUUACCUUCUUUCAUGUUGAGGUUGGCACAUAUUUAUUUAAACCUUUGGGCUCAAUACAAAACCAUAGUCUCACAUGUUACAUUACACAUAUUUGAGCUGUGUGUUUUUCAGUGGAAAUAAUGUACAUGCAUGUGCAUGUAAAGUUACUCAGAGUAUGGAAACCAAUCAGCAUCAACAAAGUACCACUUUUUCAUGUCUUGUCUUGUCAUGUGAUGUCUUUUUUUCAGUAGCUCAUUACACAAUGUGGACAUACAUGUUAGUCAGCAUCAAUGGGCAGUGUUUGUAAGCAGAAGUACCGGGGGGGGGGGUUUCUACAUGUACAUGUAGGAGAUCAGUGAAAAAGUUGGUUUCACCCUCUUCGCAAACCCUACAGUGAAAUGUGAAACCCCCUUUACGGUAAUGGAAAAGUCUGAAAAGUUUUGACUGUAUUAUCACUCAACUUCUCUCGCUUCGUGCUUCACUGGUCCUUUUGUGCAUUUCCUCAAUGCUGCCAACCCAAAGGCUGUGGUUACAAUACUCUCUCUGCGCAAUGACUGGCACCUUUAACUUGGUUUUCCUUUUGGCGAGUGAAACCUUUAAAUGGACUUCCUCCUAGAUAAAUGCAUGUGCAUGUAUUUGAGUUCAUUCUGCAUCAUUCACACGCGGGAACUGGAGGUCACGGAUCAUAACCUGACAGUCCCUUUUUUUUUGUGAGAUUUCACACUGUCUUGGGUUAAGUGCCACUCUUCAGCCUGAACAUCCAAGAAGUAUGCAGUAGGUGACAUUUUAUGAUGAUAAUGAGGAUUCCAUAGUCGCACAGUGCAUACAGGAGUGGUUUUAUGCCCACGGUCCAGCACCUCUGACAAGCAAAAUUCCAAACUCCAAGAAAGAUGGCACGACAUGGCUGAGGUCAAGCUUAAACAUCCUGACAGCAAGAACCAAAGUAUCUCAUCGCUGUCUUUGGAUGAAAGCCAAGAAACGGUGGAGGAAAAUCACUGCACACCCAGGAGCAAUAUUGUGUUUUUUAAGAUGCACAAAUGCAGCAGCAGCACAGUGCAGAACAUUUUAUUUCGCUAUGGGGAGGAGCACAAGCUGGACUUUGUUCUACCAAAGAAGGGGAACUACCUCGGGGACAUGUACGGUGUGUUUAACAAGAAGGUCAUGAUGAAGUUUCCCGUGAAAAAGUACAACAUCCUGUGUCACCACACUCGCUUCAGUUACAGAGGCAUGGCGGAGGUUAUGAAGAGUGAUGCAGUCUACACCACUAUCAUCCGAAACCCGGUCACCAUGUACGAAUCACUCUUUACCUACAGCAACUUUGAUAGCCUUUACAACCUCCCCAGGAACAGGGCGUUAGAGCUCUUCCUCGAGCAGCCGGAGCACUACUAUAGUCUUGCCCACGGCGGGAAAUGCAAAGCCCGGAAUCCUAUGCUGUUUGACUUAGGCCUAGAGGAGGCCUUGCUUAGUGACAGGCUCAAGAUUAAGAAGAAAAUUCAACUGCUGGUGAGACAGUUUGACCUGGUGAUGCUGACGGAAUACUUUGACGAAUCUCUCAUACUAUUUCGCGAUCUCAUGUGCUGGGAAAUGGACGACAUCAUUUACUUUGUCCUUAAUGCCCGCAACAAGUCUUCAGUGAAGGCUGUCUCGCCACAGAUGGCGGACAAAAUCCGCCAGUGGAAUUUCGGGGACGUGCAGCUGUACAACACCUUCAACCGCACAUUCUGGAAGAAGGUUGAGGCCUUUGGACACGAGAGAAUGCGGCAGGAGGUGGCCCAAUUGCGGCAGCGGAGAGAAUUUUUUGAAAAAUUGUGCAUUGCUGAAGUUGUCAGCGAAGAUUACGAGGUGUGGCGACCACCAGGCAUCGACAUUGAUAGCUUCAAGCUGAAGCCUGAAGCUAUGGAGAACAGAACCUGCCUUCGAAUGGCGCAAACUGAGCUACCGUACAGUGACCGUAUUCGUGAAAUUCAAGUCCAAAGAUAUCGGAGGGAGAAAGGCUGAAAAAAAGUCUCCUCGUGGGACAGGUUUGAAGUUUAUCCAAAGUUGAGCUCGCUUUGGUGUUAAACUUGAACUCGUUUGCUUUGCACAGCCUGCUUUGGUAUUGGUAGCAAAUAUCACUCCGAGAUCAUUCUCCUGAGUAUAAAAAAUAUGAAGUUGAAGUGGGAAAUAUUGUUCAAUAACUGUUAUAAUGACUCUUGUGAAUCAUAUUCCUGGCAUUUGACAGAUAUUAAAAGUCGGCUGCUACGUAUAUCUUGCCUUUUUGGAAACCCAAAUUUUCCAGCAGAAGUUGUACCAUUAGCAACUAAAGCGAGUAGUUGACGAGUCAACCUUUGUCCUUUUGGCUUGUUUUCACCUUGUGACAAAUCAGUGCAUGUAGCUGAUUUGGUGAUGUGGGAUAUGUGGCAGCACUCUGCUAAAAAGAAGCAAUAAAAAUAUCAUGUUUCACUGCAUAGCAGGUAACAGCUGUUUAAUGAUUUCAAUGCAAAACUAAUAAGACUCCAUAACCAUCAACUACGUGUAUGGUGGUUGUGAAACUGUACAAAUAGAGACCAAGUACAAAUAAAGUGCUACAGUAGAGUAUGUUGGUCAAACAAUUAGUGGUCAGUUAUGCAGAGGACACAGAAGGGCUGAAUGGAUUCUUUAGCCCUCAGUUAAUGAGUGACUGCCGUCUAGCUUCACUUAAACGAAUGGCAUUUGAAGUAAUAUACGUUUCAAAACUAUACUGGGCAAAUUUGGAGAUUUCUGGGGAGCACAUGUUUUCUUCACCUUUUUCCAUAUACUCCAUGGCCCAAAAGUGAUUAAAGUGAAUCGAGAACUAAUGAAGGAAUUAUUUAAGAUGUUGGGUAAAGCAUUUCAUGAAGAAAUUAUUUAAAACUUUAGGCAAUGAAUAAAUAUAUCAACUCCCUCAUAUUAGCAAAACUCAUGUUUUUAUUGUAACUUAGCCAGAAUCUGUGGAGAAAGUGUGUGACUGCCUUGUUUAGAUUACUGAAUAUGUUUAAAUUAUUUUACCAGUGUGAGCAAAUGUUCCUUUACUCACACGAGUGACUUGUAAACAUGUUUGUGAUGACUAAAACUACUUUAACAUUGCUUUGCCAAUCCAUUCCAUCAAAGUUGAACAAAUACAACAGUAAGUACAUGUAGAACGUAGUACAGUAGAUGUAAAUCAGUGAUAUAAAAGUGAUUCUUUUAUAGUCAAAUUUUUAAUAUUUAAAAAAUAAAAAAAAAACUCAGAUCGCUGCUAAAAAGUAAAACCCUCCCUACAAGAUCUUUGCUUGCUAUUUGUACUUCUUUGUAUGGGUGCAUGUUUAUUACGGCCAUUUCUUGCAAGUCUGAUUCCCGUUGGAAUUUCAGGCUAUUCAUGGUGAAAGACAGCAAUGGAUGGAAAGGCUUGCAGUAGCACCAUGCGAAGGAAUAUAUCUCUUAUAAGUAUGUGUGGUAUUCCUUCGCAUGGCGCUACCGCAAGUCUUUCCGCCCAAGGUCUGAUUCCCAUUGACCAAUUUCCAUAGCGAAACCAGAGGAUAGAAGAGUGGAUUAAAAGACCCCUCCCUCCAAGAAAAUGGUUGAUGUUUAGCAUACUCGUUUCGCCUCAAAAUCGGUCGCUUCUCCUCUCAUGAGUUCUUUCUCAUUUUAGGAUUAAAUCUUGUAUUACACCUUUUUUUAAACUCGGACUAGUGUAUGUGUGAAAUACAUUAAAAGUGCUUAAACUGUUAUGUCAUGCAACCGUCCAAGUUAUCAAACUGCAAAGAGACAAUUAUAUUAUUGCAUCGCCUCUUCAAAACGGAUCUCAUGGUAGGGGCUUUUUCUUUUCUUUUCUUUUUUGCUGGUAGCACGCUGCGGUUCGAUGUCUUAGCCGAGACAUCAUGUCCGUCUUACAUAAGCCAGAUGGUAUUGAGGGAUUGUACUCCGUGUUGUUUCAAUGGUUCCUGGCCGUGUUAUAGGAGCUGUAACCAAAGCAGUGUUUGAAAAGUGCCCUUAUAAAUAAAGUGGUUUGUGCUUUUGCAGACAAGA